AUGGCACCCUUCAACCUCCAGACAUGCGCGCGGCCCAAUAUACUGGCACUGGAGCCGUACCGAUGCGCAAGAGAUGACUACAAGGAUGACGGAACCAAUGUCCUGCUAGACGCCAACGAGAACGCCUACGGGCCCUCGAUACCGGCAUCGGCAGCGCAGGCCGUCUCCUCCUCGUUGGCAUCUCCGUCAUCUCUGGGAGCCAACGGUCCUCAGAUUGACCUUUUGGGCCUGCACCGGUACCCGGACCCGCACCAGCACGACCUGAAGCAGCUGCUGUGCAAUCUGCGCAACACGCACCACCACACGGACAAGGCCAUUGGCCCGGAGCACCUGUUUGUCGGCGUCGGCAGCGACGAGGCCAUUGACGCCCUGCUGCGCUGCUUCUGCCAGCCCGGCCGGGACCGCAUCCUCGUCUGCCCGCCCACCUACGGCAUGUACUCGGUCUCGGCCCAGGUCAACGACGUCGGCCUGCUCAAGGUGCCCCUGCUGCCGGCGCCCGGGUUCCAGCUCGACGUCGAGGCCGUCGCCGCGGCCCUGUCCGCCGAGCCCAACGUCAAGCUCGCCUACUUUUGCUCGCCCGGCAACCCGACGGGUUCCGUGUUGGCCAAGGAGGACAUUCGGCGGAUCCUCGAGCACCCGACGUGGAAUGGCGUCGUGGUCGUCGACGAGGCGUACAUUGACUUUUCGCCCGACGGCGCCUCGCUCGCCGAGUGGGUGGCCGAGUGGCCCAACCUGGUUGUCAUGCAAACCCUCUCCAAGGCCUUUGGUCUGGCCGGCAUCCGCCUGGGCGCCGCCUUUGCCUCGCCCGAAAUCGCCACCCUCAUGAACAGCCUCAAGGCGCCCUACAACAUUUCGAGCCCGACUAGUGCUCUCGCCUCGUAUGCCGUAUCCGCCGACGGCCUGGCUACAAUGCGCGCCAACCGCGAGAAGAUUGUUGUGCAGCGCGACAGGAUGAUUGCUGAGCUGCCCAAGAUCAAGGGUGUCGGUCGCCUACGCGGUGGUGUUGAAAGUAACUUUCUACUCUACGAGAUGCUGAACCCCAAGGGCGAGCCCGACAAUGCUAUUGCUCUGGCUGUAUACGAAGCGCUGGCCGAGCAAAAGGGCGUCGUCGUGCGCUUCAGAGGCAAGGAGCACGGCUGCUUGGGGUGCCUGAGAAUCACCGUUGGCACUGAAAGCGAGGUCACUCGAUUCCUGGCUGCGUUGGAGCAGGCACUCGCAGAGGUCUACGGGGAAAGAAAGAUCUUUGGAGCCCAGGCCACUGUACCGGCCAACGAAGCCGAGCUUGAGAAAGAGGCGAACGGUGUUGUGGCGUAG